AUGUCUUCCCAACAGCCCAACCAAUACACCACCCAAUACGUCUCCGUCCCGCGCCAGCACCAAGGUCAGACGACGACACAUUUCACAUAUCAACACCAAGGCGGCUCGGCUACGCUGAACACCUGGCUCUCCCAGGACGAGUCCGUGAGUCCGUACCACAACAUCGGGGCCUACCGGCCGGUCACCGGCUCCGGAAGUGGGGCCAACGCAUGGGGCGCGGCACCGGGUAGCAAUGGAGCUACGCGGGGCAGCGGCCAGGGCCGCAGGAACUGA